AUGCACCGCACCUAUUCUAUGCGCCAAACGAGGGCGCCCACGGCCUCUCAACUCCAGAACCCGCCCCCGCCGCCGUCAACCACUAAGUCUGGCCGCCUCUUCCGCGGUGGCUUCGGUCAUGCCCUUCGUCACAAGUCUGCCGGUGCCUUCGGGCCAGACCUUGCUAAAAAGCUGUCUCAGCUGGUGAAGAUGGAGAAGAAUGUUAUGCGCAGCCUCGAGACAGUCGCGAGAGAGCGUAUGGAGGUCGCACAACAACUUUCCAUCUGGGGAGAGGCAUGUGACGAAGAUGUUUCCGAUGUCACCGACAAGCUCGGCGUCCUGCUCUACGAAAUUGGAGAGCUUGAGGACCAAUACGUCGAUCGAUAUGACCAAUACCGCGUCACCAUCAAGAGCAUUCGCAACAUUGAGGCUUCAGUCCAGCCAAGCCGAGACCGCAAACAGAAGAUUACCGAUCAGAUCGCUCAGCUCAAGUACAAGGAGCCCAACUCGCCAAAGAUUGUCGUUCUCGAACAGGAACUUGUGAGAGCUGAGGCGGAGUCACUGGUCGCUGAGGCUCAACUGUCAAACAUCACGCGCGAGAAGAUCAAAGCCGCCUACACCUAUCAAUUUGAUGCUCUAAGAGAGCAUUGCGAGAAGGUGGCGAUUAUCGCCGGCUACGGAAAGCACCUCUUGGAGCUCAUCGAUGAUACCCCCGUCACCCCUGGCGAGACCCGUGCUGCAUAUGAUGGUUACGAGGCCAGCAAGGCCAUUAUCCAGGACUGCGAGGAUGCCCUCACCAACUGGGUGACCUCCAACGCCGCUGUGUCCUCAAAGCUGUCAACUCGCGCUCGCACUCUGUCAACUCGUCGUAGAAACAACAUCAAGGCACGCGCUGAGGGAGGCCAUGAUCUGUCUGGACAAGAUGCCCCUUUGAACGACGACUCCUCUUGGAUGCCCGCCCAUAACAAGGAGACGGACUACGAUGAUGAGGAAGACGAUGAGGAUGAUAUCCACCAUUCCGUUGCUGGAACUGAUGACGGGUUGAACGGUGAAACCCGAGGACGCCAGCACGAGAGCGUUGUCGCAUAG